AUGGCUUCAGACACAUCUGUGUUGCAUCCCCUCCUCGGCGAGCGACGGGCGACGGGGUUUCUCCGUUCUCGCCGGGGUGCUCAGUCGCGCGUCGCGGGCUGGCGAAGCGCUAUGCGCGACCUGCUUUCUUCACGAUGGGGCCAUUACUUUGUGCUACUGCUGGUCUCCGUCGAUGUGGCUUGUAUCUUUGCGGAUUUUCUGAUCGAGCUGCAUGUCUGCGGGCUCAAGGAAGGCCACAGCAAGGUGUCUCCGGGCUGGGGAGAGGCGCAGGACGUGCUUGACAUUAUUAGCCUGGUGUUUUCGUCUCUCUUCAUGCUUGAAUUGAUCGUUGCUGCUCUCAGUUUUGGAAAGAGCUACUUCGCCUCCAAGUUCCACAUUUUCGAUUCCCUGGUGAUUCUCGUUGCUUUCAUCAUCGAUGUUUCUCUCCACGGCGUGGCUGAGGAGCUGGGCUCCAUCGUCGUUGUUCUGCGUCUGUGGCGUGUGUUCAAGAUCAUUGAGGAACUGAGCUCGGCAAGUGAAGAAGCGAUGGAAGAGUACGAGGUGGAGAUCGAACGGCUCCGCGCGGAGAAUGAAACUCUCAAGCGGAGACUGAACAUCGCGGGAUACAGUGAGGCUGCCGACGGUACAGAUGAGCUUUGA